AUGGUAUUCAGUAGUAUGCUUGGCUUCAGAGCUAAAGGCCACCCCAAGGAUGAGGCGGAAGUAGCCGCUGUGGUCGAUCCCUCCGCCCACAUCGACCCACAAACGGGAGCUGUCAUCGAGAAGAAGACCAAGAAAGAGAGGUUGUUCGUAGCAAGACUAGACGCUGUCCUGCUUGUGUACUGCUGUAUCAGUCAAACGAUCAAGUACCUGGAUCAACAGAAUAUCAGUGCAGCCUAUGUGUCAGGUAUGAAGGAGGAAUUAAGCCUCUAUGGUAACGAAUACAACUACUUCACUACCUGGUUUAAUGUUGGAUAUGCCAUCUUCCUCAUCCCUUCCCAGAUCGUCAUAACCCAUGUUCGGCCUUCAUUAUGGCUCCCGACGCUCGAAGCGUUCUGGGGAGUCUUGACAGUAUCUAUGUAUAAGGUGCACAACUACAAGCAGGUUUACGUACUCAGAGCAUUUAUCGGUGCACUUGAAGCAACUUGUUAUCCUGGUGCUAUCAUGCUGUUGAUGUCUUGGUAUACACCGGUUGAGCUGGCCUUCCGAAUUGGUUUCUAUCACUCUUGCCAGACUGGUAAGUGUGGAUCAGAACAGAUUUUUGAGGCAAAGCUGACUGUCCGGCGAUCACAGUUGGCAAUAUGGCCUCGCGUCUUGAAGCUUGCUGGUGCCCUUCAAGCCGCUAUCUACACCAACCUGGAUGGAAUCAAUGGGAUCAGUGGCUGGAGAUGGAUGAUGAUCAUCGAUGGUAUUCUCACUCUUGUGAUCAGUCUGGCAGGAUUCUUCCUUAUCCCCGACUUCCCAAGCAAGCCAAACCCCAUGUCGUUCUGGCUCCGUCCGAAACACAUUGCUAUUGCUGUCGAACGUACCAAGAAAUUCAAGAGAGCGGACAACAAGAAGUUCACGCUUAAUUCCGUCAAGAAAGCAUUAACUGGACCUCUUUUCUACAUCUUCGUGAUACUCUAUGUCUCUUCUGUAAUUUCCCAACAAAGUUAUACAUACUUCAACCUCUGGCUGAAGAGCUUGAAGAAUGCGGACGGGACUGCUCGGUGGACAGUGGCCCAGGUAAAUUUGUUACCUCUGAUUGGAGGAGCAAUAACAAUCGUCACCAUCUGGUUCUGGGGGUUUGUAUCCGAUUAUUACCAAACCCGAUGGAUCCCUGUCGUCGUUCAGGCUUGUAUUGGUAUUAUACCCGGCAUAAUCAUGUCAAUUUGGCAUGUUAGCGAUGCCGCAAAGUACUUCUCAUACUUCAUUGUAUAUCUAACCUUGGCUACUGCACCUCCAAUCUGGGCUUGGCUCUCGGAUCUCAAUCCCUUCGAUGCAGAACAACGAGCGUUCACUCUUGGUUUCGCUAUCGCAUUCUACUACGCAUGUGGAGCGUGGUCAGGACCGUUGAUCUGGCCAGCUAAGACUGCCCCUCAUUACAAAUACGGCUGGCAAGUUACAAUCGCGUUGUGGAUUUUAGUUAUCAUCAUGGCUUGUUCUUUGCGGUACAUCGAAGUCAAACAUAUCAGGCCCAAGAACAGACGAAUCGCUCAGGAGAAGGAAGAAGCCGCACGUGCUGCCGAGAGGGAAGCUGAGCUACAAGCUGAGCAAGACGCAGACAAGAAAGACGUGCAAGUCACAAGAAUCACAUCGAUUCGUUCUAGAGAUAGCGUAUAG